CAUAUUAUAUUUCCUAAAACUCUCUGACCCACAUAGGCUGUUUGCAUAAAUUAAUUGCUCCAGUUUUCGUAAAUUUUUGAUUUUUCUUUUUUUUUUUGUCUAUUACCGCAAAUCCUGCAACAUAUUAAUGAUAUUUUUUUUGUUUUGUAAUAUAUUUUUACACUAAAACAAACUACAAGAUCUGUACGACGAGUUGUUUUGAUGAAAAAUGUAUAACCAAAUUAUAAUUUUGUGUUAUUUGUUAUUCAACGUUUAUAUAGGUACAUGUUUCCAUCAAGGCCCAAUAGAACCAAGGCGCCUACAAAGAUGGCAAGGUCCUAUAGGAUUUCCAGGAACACCGGGUCAAAGAGGCGCGAGCGUUACCAAAGGUCAAAAAGGUGAACCCGGCCAGCAGGGUGUACCGGGUCAUAUUGGUCAACCGGGAGAAAGAGGGGUUCGAGGAUAUCCGGGGCCAAUCGGUCCACUAGGUUUCCCGGGAGUUAAGGGCAGGGAAGGGUCUCCGGGACUUCAUGGGCCGAAAGGCGAACCGGGUCUUCCUGGGAUGCCAAUUGUAUGUCCCGUAACCUGCCCGGUCAUUCGUUUUUAUGACGAUGAAAUUCCUCCUGAAGACGUGGAUUUGGGAAGCGAAGAACGGCCCUCUUCAGCAAUUUGCAAGUACAUAACCGCAUCUAAAAAAGGGGCUAUAACUCCUGCUGAUGCUUAUUGGGUGAUGGAAGAAGAGAAGUUCCCAGUCAAAUGUGACAUGAAAACUAACAGAACAUGUUUAAUAACUAAAGAAAAUAUGUCAGAAUGGAUCGGUGAAACAAAACUAAAUGUACCCAUUGCCGCAAAAGGCAUAUGGUUAAGCAAAAUUGGAUUCGAUUUGAAUAAAUUUAACACGAUAACAAGAAAUCAAUUAUUAUGGUUGAAACGCCAAUCGGAAAAUGUAAGACAAAUAAUAAGGGUUUAUUUAUUAAACACUAUAUUUGAGAACAUAAACUUACGCAUUCUAAACUCGCAUGAUUAUUUGGUAGAAGAAAAAUCAUCUGAAACAACACCUAUGCAUUAUACCAUCAAAUAUUAUCAAAAUAGUUCAGUUUCAGUGAGUGGUGAAUCCUGGAAUUAUGUUGAUAUAGAGAUAAUCGAUGAUAUUGAUCGUCUGCCUGUCAAGGACUUUUACGUAAAGUUCAAGGAAGAAGCUCCAAAAAAUGUUUUCAUUAGUGUCCAGUUGAGCGACUUGUGCUUUGGUUAAUUUUUGAACCCUCUAAGACAACUUCUUAGCUUUGUUUGGAAAAUGUGUGUUUAGCCAUUUGUAAACCAUUAGCUCUUUUCCUUAGGUUAUUUAAUUUAAUUUUUAUUUACUCCAUAUUAUUAUUGUAUGUUAUAGGUACUGUUAGUGUGUAAACUUUAGCGGGGUAAUUUCGUUUACCUCGUAUGAGAUAAUGUUAUUAUUGCACAUACUUAUUUUUUUAUUUUAUUAUUAAAAAUCACUUUAUAAUAUUUUUUGUAUAAUCUUAAUAUCGACUCGAUAAACAACUAUUUAUACAAAUGUAUACAUAAAUUAUAUACUUGUAGAAUUUUACGGACUUUUGGUUUCGCCGAAUUUUGGUGGAUUCGGCAUCCAUUGCUGUUUUUUCAUAGUAAAUAAAAGCUCCCAUACAAACUAUCUACGCAAUGUUCAUGCAUUUACGUCGACGUAUCUGUUUUAGUUCGGCGAUAGUGUCAUCAACUCUGUAAUAGGAGCAGGGGGAGUCUCGUGUGUUGUUAUUCAUAAUAAUAAAUUAUUAACAUUGAUUUUUUUCAUUUAAAUUUUUCGGCUGCCGGUUAUUUUUUCAUUUUUGUUGAUAUAUAACUGGUUAGAUAGAUUCGUUUUUAUUUUGUAGAAAGUGAUAACUGCUUUUCUCUUUUUAAGUCAUCUGUUGAAAUACUGAUAAACUUGAUUAUACGUUGCAAAUGCUCCUAUUCUCAAAACAGGAACGUCGAAAGUUCCAUAACGUACUGUUAGAUGGCGUUGUCUAAAUUUCGUGCAAUGCCCAAAAUGUCUACGUCUGCACUCUAUCGCCGAACUCAGAAGAGCCGAACGCAAAAGCAUGGAAAUUACGUAGUUUAUAUGAGUGCUUUUAUACCGUAAUGAAAAACUAGCAAUGUACGACGAAUAGCAUUUAUAAUAUUUUUAGGAUAAUUAAUAAAAAAUAUACAUUGUAGUAUGUUCAUAUACUGCCAUUAAUAUUUUAAUCCGCCAAGAAUCUGAAAUAACAGCAAAUAUAAAUUAAUUUAGUGACUUUGCUGCCGGUUUAAGUUUUAAUAAAGGAUUCUUUUUUUUGGUAAUUUUGCUUUUGGUGCAAUAAAGAGUAUUGUAUUGUUUUGUAAUCCUAAUGUAUUAUUUUAUUGCAUUUUCACUUACUAUUUGUUUCUAUACCUAAUUUAUUACAUAGUAAAAAACGUGUGAAAUAAAAAUAUAAAACAUUAUAACGCUAAAAGUAUUAAGUUAAGGAGCAGUUAUGAAUAAUAAAAAAUAAUUAGCGUUUAUUAUAAUACUUCUACAUAUUUUAACUAAUAUUAUAAAUGCGAAAGUUUGUUACCCCAAUUAGGUCAUCUAGGUAUAUAAAGUUAGGAGUACAGUUGUUCUCGUUAGUUAGUUAGUUCGCGAAACUUUGACGAUUUGAAAUUUGAUUUAUUAUA